GAUCCAUUUUCAACUACAUUCCUUCGUGUUCUUCGUAUACUACAUCACGAUUUCUGGUAAUAAAUACGCUUAAUACUCCCACCUUUGAUGCUACUCAACUCAAUGUCCAAACGACGAGCUCAUACCAAGUCUUCAAAUGGCUGCACGCAAUGCAAAAGAAGACGGGUGAAGUGCGACGAAACACGACCGUCAUGUGCAAUUUGUGCAAGACGGAGUGAACCAUGCAGUUACCUCUCGCAGCCAUCGAGCCAGACACAGAGCAGUUUUUCUGCUGGGUCCUCGGUUCAGUCUUCACCCACAGCCUUGAAGUUCGAAGACGAUAACAUUAGAGCUCUAGAGCUAAGAUUGAUGCAUCAGUAUUCAACCUCUACAUCCAUCAUACUUUCCAAAGAUUCGAGAGAUGUAUUGUUUUACUGUGAUGUUAUGGUCAAACACGCAAUCGAAAAUACAUUUCUGCUUCAUGCCGUCCUAACCUCCGCCGCUAUUCACCUGUCGACUGUUGAGACUGAAAAAUCACAAUACUGGGUCGCUACUGCAUUGCAGUAUCAUAAUCGAGCAACAGUUGGUCUCAAUGAAGCUUUGCAAAAUUACUCCUCUGCUUCAGAUGCAAUAGCCCUCUGUUCCCUGACCAUGGUUAUAAAUUCUUUGUCGUUGUCAACAGAGAGGUUUGGGAGCGAAGAAAUUGACCCUGUGACUGACCUUAUUCAAACACGCAAAUUACUUCAGGGGGUCACAGUCUGCUUAGACCAAAUAAUAGGGGGUGACCUGUGGGGCGGUUCUUUUGAGGCUUGGAGGGAUCAACUGAUUUUAAAGUCCUCUAAUCCGAAAGACACGAUCCAUAGGGACCUUCUCACACAUAUUGAUAACAAAAAUUCCAUUUUUGGGCAUAUGGGUAUAUUUCUGAGCCAGCACGCAAAGUUCCCGGAAUAUCAAACCAGAAAUGAUGAAUUGCUCCAGAUUGCACUGCAUAAGAUGAAUGAAAUGGCUACCUACAUAGCUUCCAUUGAAAGUGAACAUAAGAGUGAAUAUUUAAACGCUUGUACAUCACUCUUCACGUACACGGAACUUCUUCAAAUGGAACACGGUGCUGCCAUCGUAGCAUGGCCAUUGGCAAUCAGCGAUUCUUUGAUGUCUCUUUUGUUGAACAAUGACGACAUAGCAAUGCUAAUAUUCAUGCAUUAUGGAGUAGCGCUAUAUAUAAGCACUAUGCAUAGUUUCUCGAAAGGCGCUGGAAAGCAUUUGGUAGAAAGAUUAUCGCUGUCACUCGAGGCAAAACGUCCGGAAUGGAUCGAGGUGCUACUAUGGGCAAGAGCCUCUGUUUCACGGGGUAGUUAGGUUUUGCCUUUUUGUGCUCAGUCUACCCAUCGCGGAAUCAUCCUACGAAAUUUUUGUAUUAUUAUUUUACAUUCUCUUGUCAUAAGUAACAUUAAAAGUUCAAUAAUAAUAACUUCUAGUAUCUCUUCGGCCUUCCGCUGAGGUCGAAGAUGAGGAGUAAUAAAGUAAUAGAAAACGAUAUCUCAUCGUCAAUCCA